AUGUCGGAGGCGGCCGUGAGCGCCGCGGCCGUGCUGAGCUUCCUGCGCGAGCGCGGCGGCGCCGGGCGGCUCGUGGUGCUGCGCAGGGCGCUGCGCGGCGCCGGCCCCGCGGCCGCCCCCGAACCGCGCGGCCAUGAGGAGCACGAGGAGGAGGAGGACGAGGAGGAGGAGGAAGGCGGCGGGGGGCGCCUCUCGCCGGCCGCCCCCGCCGCGGAGCUGCCCGCGCCCGGCGCCGUCUCCGAGCUGCGCGGCCGCUUCCAGAGCGAGGACGAGCGGGCACCGCUGCCCGCCUGGAGGGACCCCCCAGCGCGGCGGGACCCCCCAGAAAAACCCUGCAUGCUGCCCGUGCGCUGCCCCCCGCCACCCGCACCCCACUCGCCCCCGGCGCGGCGGGCACCCAAGGGUGCGCGGGCAGGCGACGAGGCGGCGGCCGUGCCGCUCGACGAGGCCGAGCACCGGUGGCUGGUGACGGCGGCGGGCGGGCGCUGGUCGCCCGAGCUGCACGGGCUGCUGCUGCGCGACGCCAGCCUGGCCGCCCGCCGCGACUUCAUGUCGGGCUUCACCGCCCUGCACUGGGCCGCCAAGUGCGGCGACUGCCACGCGGCCGCCAAGAUCAUCGAGGUGGCGGCCAAGGGCGGCGGGCRCGUGGACGUGGACGCCCGCUCGUACGGCGGAUACACGCCGCUGCACGUGGCCGCCAUGCACGGCCGCGAGGACGUCAUCACCCUGCUGGUGCGCAGCUACCGCGCCAAGACCAACGUGCGCGACUACAGCGGCAAGAAGCCCCACCAGUACCUGCAGGACGGCGCGUCCGUCGCCGUGCGGCACCUCCUGGGCGACCCYGAGCUGCAGAGCGCCGCCGGGCCCCCGCAGCCCAUCAGGAAGAACGCCAAGAUCGCGGCCUCCAUCCUCAGCUCCACCAGCACCUUCCUCGGGGUCAUCUCGGAUGACAUGGCCUUCUACGACCUCACCAAGGGGCUCAGGAAGCCCUCGUCCUUGAACAAGCUCCUGGCUGCCUCCACCGGCCCCAGGAAGAAGCCCAAGACCAGAGGGAGCUUCCCCUCCUACUCGUCCCUCUGCGAGGAGGUCGAGGAAGAGGAGGAGCUGGCGGCCAAGCGCCGGCCCGUGUCCGAGCUCUUCUUCGGCCACUAG